AUAUGUUCGACGAAAUGCCUCAAAGAAAAAGCUUCUUAUCUUGGACCGCUAUGAAAUGAAAAUCCCUGAAGAUCCACUUACAUUGUGUUUUCUGGGUUCUUUGCAUAUUCAUCUGGGUCUAUCUUAAAUCUUGAAAGAAAAUGUCUUUCUUCCUUGGUUGGAUCGCUGGACUCUCCAUCGGUAUUGGAUUGAUCGUUGCGUUUGCUCGUUAUGAGAAAAUCCGAUCUUCUCGUCGUUACAAUCUGGCGAUGACGGUGGCGGCAUUUGCAAAAUUGACUCUGCAAGAUACUGAAAAGCUUAUUCCGCCCGGGCACUAUCGGUAUCCUUCUUGGGCUUUAAACUGGCUCAAUCAAGAACUUGCCAAGAUUUGGCCAUAUGUUAAUGAGGCUGCAUCAGAGCUGAUAAGGAGUAAUGUUGAGCCAAUUCUUGAACAAUAUACACCAGCUGUAUUGGAAUCUCUGAAGUUUUCAACAUUGACACUUGGAGCGGUAGCUCCACAAUUUAAAGGAGUUAGCAUCAUUGAUGAUGGAAGUGGAGCUGAGGGGAUCACCAUGGAGUUGGAGCUGCAGUGGGAGGGUCGGCCAAAAAUUGUGCUCGACAUUAACACCAGAAUUGGUGUUUCACUACCUGUGGAGGUAAAAGAUAUCAAAUUCACUGGGGUUUUCAGGUUAAUCUUCAAACCACUAGUUCAUGCCUUUCCUUGUUUUGGAGCUGUCGCUUAUUCCCUGAGACAAAAGAAAAACCUUCAUUUUACACUUAAGGUUAUUGGAGGUGAAAUAUCAGCAAUUCCAGGGAUCUCUAAUGCCAUAGAGGAAACCAUCAAAGAUGCAAUUGAAGAUUCUAUAACAUGGCCAGUUCGGAAAAUUGUGUCCAUAUUACCUGGGGAUUACAGUUCUGUGAUUUUACCAUGUCCUAGUGACCUGGUGGAGCUGAAACCUGUAGGAACAUUAGAAGUGAAGCUUGUGCAAGCCAAGGACCUAACGAAUAAAGACCUGGUUGGGAAAUCUGAUCCUUUUGCCAGGAUAUUUAUCCGCCCGUUACGUGACAGAAUAAAAAGAAGCAAAACCAUUAAUAACCAGUUGAAUCCCAUAUGGAAUGAGCACUUUGAGUUUAUUGUAGAAGAUAUAUCAACUCAAUACUUGAACAUAAGGGUGUAUGAUGAUGAAGGGGUUCAGGCCUCUGAGUUCAUUGGUUGUGCUCGGCUGGCGCUGAAGGACCUUGAACCUGGCAAAGUCAAGGAUGUCUGGUUGAAACUGAUAAAGGAUUUGGAGGUCCAGAGAGAUACUAAAAAUCGGGGUCAGGUGCACCUUGAGCUCCUCUACAUUCCUUUCAGCGCAGAAAGCAGCGUCAUAAACCCAUUUAAUCGCGAUUUUGGACUGACCUCGUUGGAAAAGGUACUUAAGAGUGGAAAAGAUGGAGCAGCAGAAGCUUCUAAGCUUGCAAGAACAACGACAGAGAGGAAAAAGGAUGUCAUUGUAAGAGGAGUACUAUCUGUGACAGUAAUAGCAGCAGAAAACCUGCCAGCAGUAGAUUUUAUGGGGAAGUCAGACCCUUACGUUGUCCUUCUCAUGAAGAAAUCUGGUACAAAAGUCAAGACAAGGGUUGUUAACAACACCUUAAAUCCGGAAUGGAAUCAGACAUUUGACAUUCUUGUGGAGGAUGCAUUACAUGACAUGUUGAUUUUGGAAGUUUGGGACCAUGACCCUUUCAAGAAGGACAAAAUUGGGAGAUGUAUUAUGACCCUAACUAGGGUCUUAUUGGAAGGGGAAAUUGAGGACCAUUUUUCAUUGGAUGGUACUGAGUCAGGAAAGAUACAUCUCCGUCUCAAGUGGAGUCCGCAACUAGUAUUUCGUGAUACUUGAUGAUGAAAGAAGAGAUCAGAUACCUUCCUUGAAAAGGUGCUGGAAAAAUAUUAAUACCAGAUUGCCAACAUGUGAAGAAAUUUGAACUCAAAAGAUUUCAGGCUGGUUAUUCCUUCUCUGUACAUUAUUACUUAUUCUUUUUAUUGUUAAAAGUUCCGGUUAAAUUAUUAGAAAGCAAACAUGGAGCUCAAAAUUUUCAACGUGAGAUUGGGAGUGGCAGACAUUAUAAUUCAUUUAUUGUACAUAAAGAAUGAGGGAAAUU